AUGGAUUAUCUCUCUAAACCCGGGCUCCUCAGCGUCAUCGCUGGAGUCGCCUGUGGAGUGUGCCUGGGCUGGGGCAUUCGCGGGAGGCUGCUGAGGCAGCCCAGGGCCGGGCUGGUGCCGCCGGGGCACAGCCCGGGGGUCGAAGCUGACGUCAUGGGAGAGUCGGGGGAGUUCAAGAUGGUGCUGAUCGUCCGCAACGACCUGAAAAUGGGCAAGGGCAAAGGCAAAGUGGCGGCGCAGUGCUCCCACGCCGCCGUGUCCGCCUACAAGCAGGCUCAGAGAAGGAACCCCGAGCUCCUGAAGCAGUGGGAGUACUGCGGGCAGCCGAAGGUGGUGCUCAAAGCUCCCGACGAAGAGACUCUGAUCCAGCUCCUGGCUGAUGCCAAGCACCUCGGACUGACGGUGAGCCUGAUCCAGGACGCGGGGCGCACCCAGAUAGCCCCGGGCUCCCAGACUGUCCUGGGCAUCGGGCCCGGCCCAGCCGACCUCAUAGAUAAAGUUUCUGGUCACUUAAAACUCUUCUGA